AUGAGCGCCAACGAUGAGAAUGUCUAUGCGCUUAGCACUGCAGAGAUCGAACCAGAGGCAGCAGCUACUUUGCCUAUACUCGAUGGAGCUGCAAAACUGCCUUACGAGCUUGUCCUCAACAUUAUGGAUUAUGACGUUCUCCACGCUGAGAGUACUGAUUCAUCAGAAAUCACUUUCGGACUAGAUAGGGACGACGAUAUAGCUCUCGGCCGUCACCGAUUCUCUGGUAUACGCAGCUUUCUCCACACCAAUCGGAAGAUAAGGUCCAUGGUCCUCGGCAAAUUCUGCUUCAUGUAUCGACUGGCGCCAGAUGGGUUAAACAUCCCAAACUUCGUCUUCAUCAACCCGAAGAAAGAUAGCGCAGAGCUCAAGCCACUUCUCGAGCACAUGUGCAAAGUCUAUGUUGGCGAUUACAACUUCUUUACGCCAACCAACUCCGCGAAGAUUGAGGUCUUCAAACAUCUCCCCGGUAUUCGUCUGAUCAACAUAAACAUCGGAAUGAAGGAAUAUCUGGAAAGAAGAUCGAAGGCUGAGCUGGCUGAACUGGAAAUGGAAGCUGGUGUUUGGAGCAUCCCUGCAGAUUUGUUCCCGGAUCUUGCAGAAUGGGCAGAAAACCACAGGUCGACAUCUCUCAGCGUACGGAAGCCAUCAAAGAAAGAGGGAUCGAUCUUCUGGCUUGGAAAGUCAUCUGGUGGCCGGCCAUGGACGAUCGUCUGUUGUGCAAAGAGAUUUGGCUUCAUGCCUCUUCAGAUGACAGUCACGUGA